UUGUUUGAAAAGGUUGCCUUCAUUUCAUCUCGGUAACAUUACAAGGUGCAAGGUGUCUUAAAAUGAUCAGAAUGUAAGGUUAGUUUGUUUGCUCACUGAAACCGAGUUACUGAUAUGAACUUAAUAUGUUUUGGCAUUUAGGAGAACAUGUUUAUCUUCUCUGGAACAGCCUUUAUUUUGCAGCCAAGCUAGUGACGUUGCUCUGUGGAUGCCAAUGUCAAGAGAUAUUUCAAUGUGGAUCGACUAAAAAAAUAGACAAAUAACUAUUGGAUAGAUUGCCAUGAAAACGUGUGCAAGUAUUCAUUGUCCCCGAAGGAAAAAUCCUUCUGACUUUGACGAUCCUCUCAAUUCCUCUCAGGCCCCGCAACACGUUGACACUUCAGGUUUCUAUUGAAAAGUCUCGACGCUGACAUUUGAUGCAGAUAUUCGUGGCUGCUGGCUCGAAAAUGGGUCCUGAUGCUGUUUAUAGGCACAUGCCUCCUCUACUGUGCCAGGAUGGCCAUGCCGAUCUGUGCCGUGUCAUUGGCAACCUCUUUUCACUGGAGCAAGAUCGAUUCUGGGCUGGUUCUGGGUGGAUUCUUCUGGGGUUACUGUUUCACUCAGAUCCUUGGCGGACACGUGAGUGACAAGGUGGGAGGGGAGCGUGUCCUGUUUAUCUCUGCAGUUUCGUGGGCUGUGGUCACAGCUGCUACUCCUCUUGUGGCCCACUUAGGUUCUCACACCGUUGCUCUCAUGACUACGGCCAGAUUCCUCAUGGGGCUCCUGCAAGGUGUUUUCUACCCGUCUUUGGCCAGCCUUUGCUCACAGCGUGUGUUAGAAGCAGAGAGGGGUUUCUUAAUGAGCACCAUCAAUUGCGGUAGCAAUCUUGGAAUAUUGCUCGCGGGGGCGAUGGGGUCCCUGAUGCUGGACCGGUACGGCUGGGAGAGCAUGUUCUACUGUAUUGGUGUCCUUACCGGACUCUGGGCACUCAUUGUUUGGCUGUGUUUAUUACAAGAAGUUGCCCCCAAGCGGAUGGAAACAAGUCGUGACACACAAUGGAGUUUGUCAGGUACACGCUGGCGGAGUCUUUCGAAGGAGCCCCCGGUCUGGGCCAUGGUGUUUGCUCACAUGUGCAUGUCGAGCACUUUCUACACAUUAUUGUCAUGGUUGCCGACAUAUUUCAAAGAAACAUUUCCACACGCCAUGGGAUCUGUGUAUAAUGUAAUUCCGUGGCUUGUUGCAAUUCCCUCAUCACUCGCAGGAGGAUACAUGUCGAGUUUCCUCAUCAACAAAGUUCAUUUCCAUGGGCAUAUCGAGUGUGUUUAUCUUGCUUCUGUCUGGAGACGUCCCGUUUACCUUGGCUGUGACUUUCAUUUCCGCCUCAAUUGGCCUGGGCACCUUCAACAGCAGUGGCGUGACUGUGAAUGUACAAGACCUCUGUCCAUCAUGUGCUGGUGCCAUCUACGGUUUUAUGAAUAUGUUGGGUGCUUUCGCGGGACUGGUGUUGGUCUCUGUGUCGGGUUACCUGAUCGAGGUCACGAUGUCGUGGACGUCGGUGUUCUCGCUCAUCACUUUAGUGAACGCCUCAGGCCUCGGGAUCUUCCUCAUCUUUGGAGACGUUCGUCGUGUCGACCUGGGCGAUUACAAACAGGUGGUUUGAUUGGACCCAGUCUGCACACCUGCAUUCUGGACGCUAACGGUUCAUUUUGAGUCCUUUGGUGAAACUGUCUGUACAAUGAAAACAUGAACACCGGACAGUGUAUCACUUUUUAGGAUGCUAUGAAGUUGUGUUUUCUUUGUUGUUGUUUUGACAACGAAAUCAUAUUUAUUGGACUAAUCCUUAGAAGUAUGUGAGAACGUGUUGUGUAUUUUCCACCUCACAAGAGGUCAUGUACUAAAAUCUGUAGGUUCACAAGGUUCCUGAGCCCGGAGGCUCACAAGGUUUCUGUGGUGAGGGGCCUUUGUGUAGAAUGAGUUCAUGUGGGGUGGGGGCAAUAAGCCCGCUUGACCCCCUUCCCAACUGAUGUGGCCGGCCUUUAGAUUCUAACGUAAACGCCCCUUUUCUUUAUCUAUAUAACCUGUGGCAGGGUGCCAGAUCAUUAGAUUUUCCCAAUUUGGUUCCUGAAAGUUUCCAGUCGUUCUAGGCGUCUGUCUUUGACCUGUAUCUUGUAGAAUAAACUUUGUAUUCUUAUCAA